ACGGGGCCCAUUCUGCGGUACACGAUAGCAUCCACCGCUUCCCUUUACCUGCUUCUCUCUCCACCUCCACAACCUCGCUACUUUCUCUCUCUAUCUAUGUCUCGUCACACGCUGGCCAUGCCUUUUUCCAUCCCUAGCUUCCCAUCGUUUCCUCUAUACCUCCAACCGCCGGAUCACACGUGCAGCUGUCACGUGCCAUCCCUUUCGUGCUCCUCUAAUUCCUCACCCUCGUUUCCGUCGUUAGACGGCGACGCAGCGGCGACCUAGGGUUAGGGCUUCCCUAUGAUUCUUGCUGUUCCUGUUCCUCUUGCUCUUCCUCCGCUCUCCGUGCGUGUGGAUUGAAGCCGAGGCCGACCAUGGAGCCGAGGCAGCCGAGGCGAGGCAACAAGAAUGGGCUUUCAUAUUCGAAUCUCUUCAAUCUCGAGUCUUUGACGAACUAUCAACUCCCGCGACCUGAUGAUGAUUUUAAUCAUUAUGACAACAGUAGUCAGGAUGAGAGCAAGGACAGCCAAGGACAAGGAACCUUGUUUGAUCGUGCUAAUGGGGCUGUGAUAGACAGGCCUUCUGACCCAACAAGACGGCUAAAUAAGGCGAUGUUUGAUUCUGAGGGUGGUUUGAAAUCUUUCAAACGGAAAAAUUCUGAAAACAAUGAUGAAGAUGUCAAUGACUACGGAACUGGAAUCUCUGACGAGCAUUAUCGUUCAAUGCUUAGUGAACAUGUGCAGAAGUACAGGAGAGUGAAGCUUAAAGAUUCUUCUGCAGCUUCAGGUACCGCGCGGAUGGCCGUUCCUAUUUCUAGAAGGAAUCAUGGCUUGAAAGGGGGGAAGUUUAGCAAUGAACCUUUAGUUUCUGUAAAGGAGGAGAAGACAUUUCGUGAGAUGGAUAUGUCGCCUGAAUGCUAUGAAGCUGAUUUUGAAUCAGAAUAUGGGGGAAGCAAUAGAUUUGCUUCCUCCCUGGAUUUUUCUUAUUUGGAUAUUGGGGAUGGCGUUGCAUAUCGUAUUCCUCCAACUUAUGAUAAGCUUCUGACUUUAUUUAAGCUACCAAGUUAUUCAGAAAUUAAGAUAGAAGAGAAUUUUCUUAAAGGUACCCUGGAUUUACGGUCUCUAGCAGCUAUGAUUGCUUCCAAUAGGAAACAGGAGAGUCAAAAUCAAGGAGGGUUGAGUGAACCUCAACCCCAAUAUGAAUCACUGCAAGCCAGAUUGAAGGCUCUUUCAUCAAAUAACUCAAAUCAAAAUUUUACUCUCAAGGUUGAUGUUAGUUUGGAUCCUCACUCAAUUCCUGAAGGUGCAGCAGGUAGGAUUCGACGGUUAAUUAUGUCAGAAUCUGGUACCUUGCAGCUUUAUUAUGUUAAAGUUUUGGAAAGAGGAGAGUCAUAUGAGAUUAUUGAACGCAGUUUGCCUAAGACUCAAAUAGUGAAAAAAGAUCCUUCUGUGAUUGAAAGAGAGGAGAUGGAUAAGAUUGGGAAAGCGUGGGUUACUAUUGCUAGACGAGAUAUUCCUAAACAUCACAAGUUAUUAACAAAUUUGUUUCGUAAGCAAAUAGCUGAUGCCAAACGCUGGUCAGAAACCUGCCAGAGAGAGGUAAAAUUGAAAGUUAGCAGGUCACUUAAGUUGAUGAGAACUGCUGCAAUUCGCACUAGGAAGCUAGCCAGAGACAUGCUAAUAUUGUGGAAGAGAGUGGAUAAAGAGCAGGCGGAGGUGAGAAAAAAAGAGGAACGAGAUGCUGCUGAAGCUCUGAAGCGUGAAGAAGAACUUCGAGAAGCAAAGAGGCAGCAGCAGAGGCUGAACUUUCUACUUUCACAAACUGAGCUCUACAGUCAUUUUAUGCAGAACAAGGCUUCUUCACAAUCCACUGAAACUUUACCUGUGGCAGAGGGUGAAGAUACAGAAAGGACAUCAAGUGCAGAUGUUAAAUCUGUGGAAGAAGAGGAUCCUGAAGAAGCUGAAUUCAAGAAGCAAGCUCUAAAAGCAGCACAACAUGCUGCUUCACAACAAAGAAAGAUAACAAAUGAAUUUGAUAGUGAAUGUUUGAAGCUUAGGCAAGCUGUGGAACCUACAGAUGUAGCAAAUGAAUCUUCAAUUACUGGAUCUUCAAACAUGGAUCUCCUGCACCCAUCAACAAUGCCCAUAAAAUCUUCUGUGCAGACGCCAGAGCUGUUUAAAGGCACGCUUAAAGAGUAUCAAUUAAAAGGGUUGCAGUGGCUUGUUAAUUGUUACGAGCAGGGUUUGAAUGGCAUCCUUGCUGAUGAAAUGGGAUUAGGAAAGACCAUUCAGGCCAUGGCAUUUUUGGCUCAUCUAGCUGAGGAGAAAAAUAUAUGGGGCCCUUUUUUGGUUAUUGCACCUGCAUCCGUCCUAAAUAAUUGGGCUGAUGAAGUCAAUCGUUUCUGUCCUGAUUUAAAGACGCUUCCAUACUGGGGUGCACUUCCUGAAAGGAUGGUUCUUAGGAAAAAUAUUAACCCAAAGCGCCUGUAUAGAAGGGAAGCUGGAUUUCACAUACUGAUUACGAGUUAUCAGCUGCUCGUGACUGAUGAGAAGUAUUUGCGUCGAGUGAAGUGGCAGUAUAUGGUUUUAGAUGAAGCACAAGCCAUAAAGAGUUCAAAUAGCAUACGUUGGAAGACAUUGCUCAGCUUCAACUGUAGAAAUCGCUUGCUUUUGACUGGAACCCCCAUACAAAAUAACAUGGCAGAAUUAUGGGCCCUUCUUCAUUUCAUCAUGCCAACACUGUUCGAUAGUCACGAGCAAUUUAAUGAAUGGUUUUCUAAGGGCAUUGAGAGCCACGCAGAGCAUGGAGGUACUCUAAAUGAGCAUCAGCUUAACAGACUGCAUGCUGUCCUCAAGCCAUUCAUGUUGCGGAGAGUUAAGAAAGACGUCAUAUCAGAAAUGACUUUGAAGAAGGAAAUUACGGUGCAUUGUAAACUAAGUUCACGACAACAAGCUUUCUAUCAGGCUAUAAAGAACAAAAUUUCAUUAUCUGAGCUUCUAGAUGGGCAUCGUGGGCAUCUAAAUGAUAAAAAAAUUGUUAACUUGAUGAAUAUUGUUAUUCAAUUACGAAAGGUGUGCAACCAUCCAGAGUUAUUUGAACGAAAUGAGGGUAGCUCAUACUUGCAUUUCGCAGAUAUUCCCAACUCUCUGCUUCCUCCUUCCUUCGGGGAAUUAGAGGACGUUUGGUACUCUGGAGAUUGUAAUCCUAUAUCAUACAAGGUUCCAAAGCUUCUAUAUCGAGAAUUUGUUAGAAGUGCUGGAACGCCUUUUCCUGUCUCUGGUCUUCCACCUAAGGAAUCUCUAGAGAGGCUUUUUAAUAUAUUUUCACCCCAAAAUAUUCACCAGUCAACUUUUUCAAACUGUACAGAUAUUUCUUCAAGAAGUUCUGGAACCUUCGGUUUUACCCGUCUGAUAAAUCUUUCUCCCUCAGUGGUCUCAUUUCUAGCAAGUUGCUCUUUACUUGAGAGGUUAUUUUUUUCUGUAAUGUGUUGGGAUAGACCAUUUAUAGAUGACAUACUGGACAUUUUUAUGAAUUUGGAGGGCAAUGACCUUGAAUAUGAUAAAUUGGAGAAAGGGAAAGUAAGAGCUGUUACACGAAUGCUGUUGUUACCAACAAACUCUGAGGCUAGAUUGCUCAGGAGAAGAUAUGCAACAGGUCCUGGAGAAGCUCCAUUUGAACCUUUAGUUGUUUCUCAUCAGGAAAGGUUAACAUCAAACAUCAGGCUCUUGCGUUCAUCCUAUGCAUUUAUUCCUCGAGCAAGAGCUCCUCUGAUAAAUGCUUAUUGCCCUGAAAGAAACUUUGCAUAUCAAACGGUCGAAGCAUUGCACCACCCUUGGGCAAAGCGGCUAUUUGUUGGGUUUGCUCGUACAUCUGAGUUUAAUGGCCCUAGAAGGCCCAUCAAUCCUCAUCACUUGAUAGAAGAGAUUGACACUAAAGAAUUUUCUUUCAAACCUGUUCUUGAGCUAUCACAUAGAAUCUUUGGUUCUAGUCCUCCCAUGCAGAGUUUCGACCCAGCUAAAAUGCUUACGGAUUCUGGUAAACUUCAAACAUUGGAUAUACUACUGAAGCGCCUUCGUGCUGAAAAUCAUCGCGUGCUUCUAUUCGCUCAGAUGACAAAAAUGUUGAAUAUUCUCGAGGAUUAUAUGAAUUACAGAAAGUACAAGUAUUUUAGACUUGAUGGAUCAUCCACCAUCAUGGACCGUCGUGACAUGGUCAGAGACUUCCAACGCAGGAAUGACAUUUUUGUUUUCUUGCUGAGUACAAGAGCUGGAGGGUUGGGAAUAAAUCUGACCGCUGCUGAUACCGUCAUUUUUUAUGAAAGCGAUUGGAACCCAACUUUAGAUCUACAAGCGAUGGAUAGGGCGCAUCGUUUAGGUCAAACUAAGGAGGUAACCGUGUACCGGUUGAUUUGCAAAGAGACCGUUGAAGAAAAGAUUUUGCAAAGAGCAAGCCAGAAGAACACUGUACAGCAGUUGGUCAUGACAGGUGGCCAUGUUCAAGGUGAUCUAUUGAAGCCUGAAGAUGUAGUUUCCUUGUUACUUGAUGAUUCCCAGUUGGAGCAGAAACUCAGAGAAAUACCACCACAGAUUAAGGAUCGGCAGAAAAAGAAGAGAGGAAACAAAGGAAUACGAGUGGAUGCUGAUGGAUUGGUAUCUUUGGAAGAACUUGAAAAAGCUGAAUUGCGAGUUGCAGAAGAUGAAUCUGCUCAGCAGCAGAGUGGAAAAUCCAGUAACAAAAAGAGGAAACGAGGUUCUGAUAAGAAAAACUCUGCAAAAUCUCAGAAUCCUCAGGAGUCUUCCACCCUUGCAAAUUCACCUAUGGAGGCAGAUGAAGCCAAUCCCCUGGCUUUGGAGGAGAAGCCAUCCAGACCAAAGAGAGCAAAGAAAAAUGUCAACAGAAACCUUGAGCCAUCACCUUCUUCUGCCUCAGGAUCAGUCACUGUGAACUCUUCUGACCACACUCGCGCCAUUGAUGAAGCCAUAGCUCAGGAAGCCAUGGGAUUACAAUCUGGCAACACAAUAGAACACUAUUGAUAACAUAAAAAAUGAGCAUUUUAGAUGAUUUCCGAAACGACUGAGAGAACCAGGCCUCGAAGCCAUGAGCACAGAUGAAUAAAGUUGUGCUCGCGAGGAAUUCUUUGAUUUCAGCUGAGUUUCUUCAGAUUUGGCAUCACCAGCUGCAUUGAAAAUUGAUGUACAGAGUGCUUAAAAUCAAUGGAAUCCUGCAGAGAUGUGCGCUUUCCCUGUUGGCAUUUUGUGGGUAUCUGGAAGAUGUUGCGUUGUAUAUUUAAAAUUUUGUCUACACUUUGAGAGUCGUUGUUGUACAGCUGAGUCUAACGGAUCUUUCUUUUUUUUUUUUUGACUUAAAGUAGAGUGCACGCUGCACUUUACUUGUUGGGAAAAAUGAAAAGAACUUUCUAUAUGGUGUAAUUAUUUAUCUGUAAUUCUUUACUUGUGCGUGCGUUAUGGUCUACACUAAUACCUGAACAAGUUAUUAGUAUUCUUCUAUCCACAGCUUUUCAUUAUACUCA